AUGUCAAUCAGGCGAAUACCACAGCAGGUGUCAAACUGUCUCACGUCUUCGUCUUCUGUGUUCUCGGUGGUGUCUGUAGUGAAAGAACUGAUUGACAAUGCUUUGGACGCGUCCGCCACACAGAUCCACAUCGAGGUGGACUUGGAUACAGGUGGGCUGCAAUAUGUUUCAGUGAAAGACAAUGGUGAUGGCGUUUCUCCAAAAGACCGACCUUUAAUGUGUGCAAAUUGUACCACUUCCAAAAUUCGCGGAGUCGAGGACAUUCAGACUGCUUUGUCACUAGGCUUUCGUGGGGAAGCAUUGUUCUUCUUAGCACAGGUAGCAUCAAAAGGAACAAUGGAGAUAACCAGUCGAACCAAAGAAGAGUCAAUGGGAGAGAAAUGGUUUGUGGGAGAAACUGGUAUUCCAAUUGGCAGUCGUUCCAAACCGGUUGCAACACCAGUUGGAACUAUAGUCACGUUAACGGGUCUGUUCAAGGCAACACCAGUCAGACGUAACUUGUUGAAGAAAGAAGCCAAAGCUACGAUAGAAAAGUUAAAGGCGUAUAUGACUUCAUAUUCGGUCACAUUUCGCGAUGUCAGAUUAACUUUGAAAAUUGUUAAGGUAUCAACCACGGGUAAACUAACGAGUGUUCCUGAUGAUGGUCUCGUUCUGGCUCCUAAAAUACCGGUCAAAGCUUUGGUCUCCUCUUUGUACAAGCUGAAGAGUUCAUCACAGAAAUUCUUUGAAGGCGAGAUCGCAAUAUCGUUAAAUGACUCCGAUCGGAUUACUGUGCGAUAUGUGUUGCCUAGAAUGCGGGCUGAAGACGAUGUGACUCUCAAGAAACCUUUCAAAUCAGUCUCAAUCAACAACCGACCUCUCCUGCCAAAUCUUUCACUUGGAAAAGCAUUGAGAAAGAUAUUGAACAAAAUAUACUCUAGAAAUAUGCUUUUGACACCAACGGUUUGGGUGCUGGAUAUUCAUUGUCCAAAGCACCUUGUCGAUGUGAACAUAGAGCCGGAGAAGACUGACGUUUUACUGAGCAACUUCGACGAGAUACUUCAUCGGUUCGAAAUUCAAAUAGAGGAGUCUGUUCAGAGUCACCAUUAUAUUGUCUCCGGUGAAAAUCAGGCAGAGGUAUUUGAUGUUUCGGAAUCGCAGCCAGAGCCAGACCUGCAGCUUGAGACACAUAUCGAAACUGAUGAUGUUCCAAACAAUUUUUCAGAGAUAGAGUCCAGACCAGAAAAAACCCCCGAGGCGAUAGAAAGUGACUCUCUUUUAAAUAUCGCAAAUGACAAAACUUCACCAUUAUUGCAGCCUCAGCCCACUACAUCUGGUGAUCAAUACUUUCUCGUGCAAGAGGCCGACGAUGAUGUGAUAGAACAGUUUGCUGAGCCUAUAUCUGUCGAAAACACCUCCACUUUCAGCCCUGACACAAAUUCGCAACAAGUUUCAAUCUCUGAACCCAUAACGCGGACUCCUCUGCAACGAACUACCAUGAAAUUGGUAUUAAAUGGGGACUCAAAUAGACAGCCAGAGAGGAGAGCUACAAACAUCAGACUACUCAAACAUUUCACAGAGAAUACACAUCGCGUUGAUACCACAAUGAAUAUUAUCAACAAAUUUAAUGACAAUCAUGCAAGCCAGACAGAGGUCGAGUGGCUUGUUCGAAAAGGCGAGCCCAGUGUCAACGUACUGGAAGGAUAUCAGAGAUUGAGAAGACUCACUUCAGGUGAUGGUCUGAACAAUACGGACAGUAUAGUUGUACUGAAGACCAAAGCUUGGAUGAAAUUAUCCUGA